CUUUCAUUGUGUUGCAUUGAUGCCAACAAAUUCUGCUUAAAUGCAUACGGAUAUUAUAAUUGGUGAUCAGUUUGCCGUCAACAACAACUACUGGGUGAUGCAGUCCCCGGAACUGGAUUAUCGGCACGAGCUGAUGGGACGUCUGCACAAGAUCGAGCCGGCCGACGUGGAACUGGAAGUGCUCGCUGCUGCUGCUGCUGCCUCCAACAACAACAACAACACGAAUAGUAACAACAACAACAACAGCAGCAACGGCAACGGCAGCCAAACGCCCAGCAGCAACAACUCGGCGGCAUCUUCGCAUCAUCAUCACCAUCAUCAGUUCCAUCACCACCACCUGCAUUCGCACCACCAUUCACAUGCACACCACCACCAACAUCAUCAUCAGCAUUUGCACCACAGUCUGCAGAGCGGCGAGAGUGGUGCCGCCUUGGAUGCCUGGCAGCUGGCUGCCUCCAGCUAUGCCAGCGACCAGUCCCAGCAGCAGCAGCAGCAUCAGCAGCAGCAACAACAACCCGCCGGCUCGCCCAAUUCCAACUCAAAUUCCGCCUAUGGAUGUGCGCCGCUCUACGACGAAGCGCCCUACGAAGUGGCACUGGGCUAUGGAGCGGGUGCCGGCAACGGGGCGGGGGGCACGGCAACGGGCAGCGAGAAGGAGUAUUUGUAUGAAACCAAAAACAAAGAGGCUCUCUUCGGCGACCCCCUGGACGAUCCUUAUCAAAGACCAGCUCUCUGGGAUGAUAUUGCCACCUCAAUACAGAACAUCGAUCCGGAGAAUGCACUCAUGCUGAGCGCCAGCACAGUGGCCAAUGGCAGCGACAAUGCGGCAGCGAAUCAGGCGACACAGCAGCAACAGUUGCUGCCACAGGUCAAAAUGGAAGCAAUAGAUGAAACACUGCUCGAAACUUUCUCGACACCAAUGCUCAGUCCCAUGGAGAUUAAAACUGAAAAGCAGCAGCGACAACAGCAGCAGCAGCAACAACAGCAGCAGCAGCAACAACAGCAGCAGCAGCAGCAGCAAUAUCAUCAGCAACAACAGCAGCAGCAACACUAUCAGCAACAUUAUCAGCAACAGCAGCAACACUUGUACCAGCAUCAUCCUAGCCUCUCGCUGUCUGGGUUGCCACCCGCUGCUGAGGUUGUCGAGUUGCAGCUACAGCAGCAGCAGCAGCAGCAGCAACAUCAGCAGCAUCUCCACAGCGGCAGCAACAGUCCCAAGCAGGCAGCCGGCGACAUCAACAACAGCAGCAACAACAACAACAACAACUCUGCCUCCUAUCAGCAACAAUACGCAUCUCAGCUGAACAGCGCAUCAGGCGCUGGAUAUCUAAACAGUAGCAGCAACAACAGCAGUGCAUCUGGGGGCACCACCAGCAGCGUCGUCACCAGCAGCACCGGCAGCAGCAGCAGCAGCAGCUAUGGCUACAGCUGGCACCACAGCAGUCAGAGCUUUCACACCAAAUACCAAAUACACCCGCCAUCAGCAGUUGCCACUGCGACACCAACCACUGCCACACCCACAGCUCAACACGUGCUGCAGCAGCAACAGCAUCAGCAACAACAACAACUGCAGCUAUGCCCGCCAGCCGCGCCUAGCACACCGUCCGCCACAUCCGCCUCCUCCUCGGGCAGCGCCUCCUCGACGGGCUCCAACUCGACGCGUCACAUGUUCGUGCCACCGCUGACACCGCCCAGCUCAGAUCCCGGCAGUCCCGGCGCCUCCAUGGUCGCCGCAGCCGCUGCCGUUGCCCAGGCACAGCGGCGCUCCACGCCACCGCCGCCCUAUCAGCAGGGCCAUGGCCUAGCUGGCCUCUGUCCUAGCCUGGUUAAUCCGCCGCCCACGCUGCAGCUGCUGGGUGCCGGCACGCCCACCACGCUGACGACACUCACGCCCGCCAAUGCAGCCAGCGCAGUUGGAGCAGUCCAGCAGCCGGCGCCGCCGCCACCUCCGCCGCCGCCGAGCAGCGGGCGACGCGGCCGACAUGCGCACCAUCAGCCAGGAACGCCGGCGCAUAUCGCCAGCCUGAUGAGCGUGCGUACCGUGCGCUACAAUCGGCGCAACAAUCCGGAGCUGGAGAAGCGUCGCAUCCAUCACUGUGAUUUUGUGGGUUGUUCCAAGGUCUAUACGAAGAGCUCGCAUUUGAAGGCGCAUCAAAGGAUACACACGGGUGAAAAGCCCUACACCUGCCAGUGGCCGGAAUGCGAAUGGCGUUUCGCUCGCUCCGAUGAACUGACGCGACAUUAUCGCAAACACACCGGCGCCAAGCCCUUCAAGUGCAUCGUCUGCGAGCGAAGCUUUGCGAGAAGCGAUCACUUGGCACUCCAUAUGAAGCGCCACUUGCCGAAGAAUAAGUGAGGCCGUCGUGUCGGGCGGAGCGGCUACCAAUCAACUAUAUCACAAUCCAAAGGACUUUAGUUAA